AGUUGGGUUUCUAUUUUUCAACACCCUCUAGUCUCACAUUCCACUCAACCUGGGCAUCAUCAUCCCUAUAAAAACCGAGUCUAGUGCGAUGCGAGUGCAUUUGCGCUCGUUUUCUCCGCGUUUCAUCACUAAUUACUGCUACUUCUCAACUACUAUUCAGCUCACUACGACAUCCAUGUCUUACCGCCCUAAUGCUCAAGGCGGCCGUCGCGGUGGCGGUCGCGGAGGAGGUCGAGGAGGUGGUCGCCGUGGUGGCGGCGGUGGAGGUGGAAGAGGUGAACAGAGAUGGUGGGACCCUGUUUGGCGUGCUGAGCGGCUUAGACAGACGCAAAGCGAGGUUGAGGCUUUUGAUAAGGACCACUGGUGGGGAAAAAUGGAGCAAAUGAAGAGUGGGGGAGAUGUAGAGUUGAUAAUAAAACAUUUCUUCAGUCGAGGCGAUCAACAAACCCUCUCUGAUAUGGCAUAUCAGCUGGGACUUUAUUUUCAUGCAUACAAUAAAGGCAAUACACUUGUGGUGAGCAAAGUUCCAUUACCAAACUACCGUGCAGAUCUUGAUGAGCGCCAUGGAUCUUCACAGAAAGAGAUACAUAUGUCUACAGAAACCGAGAGAAGAGUUGAGAAUCUAUUGGAUAGUUCAACAGCAACGGAAAAAGUUAACAACUCUUCUACCACAUCCAUUCAAACUUCCAAACAAUCACCCUAUGAAUCAGAUAAAACUACUGGAAUCUCAGAUAAUGCUAAGAAGGCACUUAGCAUUGAACUCAAAGAAAGACAGGAAAGACAGAAGGAAUCUGAUCGUGUUAAGGCAAUGUGCUUAUUCAGAGAGAAGCUUCCUGCACAUAACAUGAAAUCUGAGUUUCUAAAAGCUGUUGCAGAAAACCAGGUUUUAGUGGUUUCAGGGGAAACAGGUUGUGGUAAAACCACACAGCUUCCUCAGUUCAUUUUAGAGGAAGAAAUAUCAUCUCUACGUGGCUCUGAGUGCAAUAUUAUCUGCACCCAACCCCGCCGUAUCUCCGCCAUAUCAGUAGCUGCUCGAAUAGCCAAUGAGAGAGGAGAAAACCUUGGUCAAUCUGUUGGUUAUCAAAUUCGCCUAGAGUCAAAUCGCUCUGAACAAACAAAAUUAUUAUUCUGCACAACAGGAGUCUUGCUUCGAAAACUGGUUCAAGAUCCAAACCUAACAGGAAUCAGCCAUUUGUUAGUUGAUGAAAUUCACGAAAGAGGAAUGAAUGAAGAUUUUUUGUUAAUUAUUUUACGCGAUCUUCUCCCUCAACGUCCAGAUUUACGCCUUAUAUUAAUGAGUGCUACUAUUAAUGCUGACUUGUUCUCCAAAUACUUUGGAAAUUCCCCAACAAUUCAUAUCCCAGGAUUGACUUUUCCUGUGCAAGAACUAUUUUUAGAAGACGUUUUAGAGAAAACCCGUUAUGUAGUAAAAUCUGAGGCUGAUAAUGUUCAGGGUUUUUCAAGGAGAAGGAGGAGACAACAAGAGUCCAAAACUGAUCCCAUUACUGAGAAAUUUGAGGAAGCGGAUAUCAAUUCUGUAUACAAAAGCUACAGUGCAAACACUAGACAAUCUCUUGAAGCUUGGAGUGGUUCAGAAACAGACUUGGGUUUAGUGGAAGCAACAAUUGAGUAUAUCUGUAGACACGAAGGUCCAGGGGCAAUUCUGGUAUUUCUCACAGGUUGGGAUGAAAUCUCAAAGCUUCUCGACAAUGUCAAGGCUAACAAUUUUCUUAAUAAUCCCACAAAGUUUCUUGUCCUCCCUCUUCAUGGUUCUAUGCCUACCAUUAACCAACGUGAAAUCUUUGACAAACCUCCUUCUGGAACAAGAAAAGUUGUUUUAGCAACGAAUAUUGCUGAGAGUAGUAUAACUAUAGAUGAUGUGGUUUAUGUUGUGGAUUGUGGAAAAGCAAAAGAGACAAGUUAUGAUGCUUUAAAUAAGCUUGCGUGUUUGCUUCCAUCAUGGAUAUCAAAAGCUUCAUCACAUCAGAGACGUGGGCGGGCGGGUCGUGUACAGCCUGGCAUAAAAAGUCUGCAACUUGGAGCUGUUGGAUGUUUUUUGGCUAAGGCACUUCAGCCACCUGAUGCGCUUUCUGUUCAAAAUGCUGUUGAACUUUUGAAGACGAUUGGGGCUUUAGAUGAUAGAGAAGAGCUCACGCCACUUGGACGCCACCUGUGCACUCUGCCUUUAGAGCCGAAUAUUGGGAAGAUGCUUCUCAUGGGGUCCAUUUUUCAAUGUGUUAAUCCUGCUUUAACAAUUGCUGCUGCUCUUGCUUAUCGGAGCCCGUUUAUUCUUCCGAUUAAUAGGAAAGAGGAAGCUGAUGAAGCAAAAAGAUCCUUUGCUGGUGAUUCAUGCAGUGACCACAUAGCUCUUCUUAAAGCAUUCGAAGGGUGGAAAGAAGCAAAACGUUCCGGAAACGAAAAAUCCUUCUGUUGGGAAAACUUCUUGUCAGUUCAAACCUUAAAAAUGAUAGCUGACAUGCGUCUCCAAUUUCUCGACCUCCUUUCCGAUAUCGGCUUCAUAGAUAAAUCCAAGGGCGCAAAUGCAUAUAACCAAUAUAGCGAUGACAUGGAAAUGGUGUGUGCGAUCCUAUGUGCUGGGUUGUACCCGAAUGUAGUCCAAUGUAAAAGAAGAGGAAAGCGAACAGCUCUUUACACCAAAGAAGUUGGAAAAGUCGAUAUUCAUCCAGCUUCUGUCAACGCUGGGGUCCACAUUUUUCCUCUUCCUUUCAUGGUAUACAGUGAAAAAGUGAAAACAAGCAGUGUGUAUAUUCGUGAUGCCACAAAUAUAUCGGACUAUGCUUUGCUUAUGUUUGGUGGUAAUCUUGUUGAAACCAAAAAUGGUGAUGGGAUUGAGAUGCUCGAUGGAUACCUUCAGUUUUCAGCAUCCAAGAGCGUGAUGGGAUUGAUUAAGAAAUUACGAGGCGAAGUUGAUAGGUUAUUGAACAGGAAGAUUGAAGAUCCGAAAUUGGAUGUUAAUGUUGAAGGGAAAGGAGUUGUUGCUGCUCUUGUUGAGUUGUUGCAUAACCAAAAUGUUCGCUAUUAAUUAUUAAGCGAGCAUUGUUUUUGUUUUCACAGAGUUUCCAUUCCUUUCUAGAUAUCAUCAUAUACCCAACCAACUUUGACAGUGACACCAACUCGUUUGUUCUUUCCAACUGUAACUUUUAUUUAAAUCUUACAAUUGACGUUUAAAAAUAAUAUAUUUUAAACCCAAUUGGAUUGAUCUUAAUCGGACCCAUUCUCAUUUCUCAAUCUCAACACCGGUUUAGACUCGAGACCCAUUACUGCUCCUAAUAAAUAACCAAGGUGGGACAAACUCAAGUUGGACCGCUCACUAUUAACUAGUAAAUAGUAGCGCUACCCAUACCAUGGGCCAUGGCUUCGACCGG